GCUGCAUCCCAUGCCGCGCAUCUUCCCCUUCCUCUGCCAAUGCGAGGACGAGCACGGCGUGCUGGACGAGGGCAUCGCGCGCUGCCAGCUCGCCAGCGACUUCCUCAUAGCUCUGGCUUACUUCUCCAUCCCAUUGGAGCUUCUCUACUUCUUCCUGCGAGCCAAGGACUUUCCCCACCGCUGGGUGCUGCUGCAGUUCGGCCUCUUUAUCGUGCUCUGUGGUCUGACUCAUCUGGUGAACAUGUGGACAUAUGGUCCCCAUCCCAGUGCAGUGGCAGUGCUGCAAACAGUGCUCAAAGUGCUCUGUGCGGCUGUCUCCUGUGCCACGGCCUUCCUGCUCGUCACCAUCAUCCCCGCUCUGCUCAACGUCAAGGUCCGAGAGCUCUUCUUGCAGCAUAAAGCGGCCCAGCUAGACAGAGAAAUGGACGUGAUGAGGCGAAAGGAGGAGGUGGGGCGGCACGUGCGCAUGCUGACAUACGAGAUCCGCCAGUCGCUGGACCGCCACACCAUCCUCAACACCACCCUCGUGGAGCUGGCCCAGGCUCUCAUGCUCGAGAACUGCACCAUUUGGAUGCCGCACCCCUGUGAGUGCCGCCUCACCGUGCUGCUACCUAUCAGUGCUGUUAUCUAUCAAGUGCCUCUGGGUGCUGCUACCUAUCAUGCUGUUAUCUAUCAAGUGCCUCUGGGUGCUGCUACCCUUCAGUCGCUGGACCGCCACACCAUCCUCAACACCACCCUUGUGGAGCUGGCCCAGGCUCUCAUGCUCGAGAACUGCACCAUUUGGAUGCCACAUCCCUCCGGGUCCUGUUUGGAGCUGACACACGAGUUGGAGCGGCGGCUAGUGCAGGCACCAGUCCUCGUCCCUCUCUCCGACCCCACGGUGCAGUCCCUCAUCCACACGCCCCGCGCCCUCCGCAUCUCCCCCACCUCCAUCUCACCUCUCUUCACAUUCCCGCUCCCUUUUUCUCCUUCCCUUGCCCCCCCUCUCGCACCAGCCGGGUCCUGUUUGGAGCUGACACACGAGUUGGAGCGGCGGCUAGUACAAGCACCGGUGCUCGUCCCGCUCUCCGACCCGACGGUCCAAUCCCUCAUCCACACGCCCCGCGCCCUCCGCAUCUCCCCCUCCUCCUUCAUCGGCCGCGCCUCCGCCUCCCACACCGCCCACAGCACCUCCCUUGCUGCUGUGCGCCUGCCUAUACUGCCGCUUGAAGCCAUGGCUGAUGCUGCUGCUGCUGCCGAUGCUGCUGCUGCUGCUGCUGCUGCUGCUGUGGCAGCAGCUGUGGCUGCGGGUGUGGGUGUGGGUGCGGGUGGGGUGGAAGUUGCUGGUGAGGAUGUGAAUGGGAGUGGAGGAGAAAGCAGUCCCUUGCUUCGGAGUGGUGAUGGUGCUGCAGCAGCAGGAGGAGGGGAGGGUGGGAGUGGCGGGGGAGACGAGGAGAGGGUGGGGGGAGUGGUGCCAGUGUAUGGACUCAUGGUGCUCGUGCUGCAUGGGGAUGCAAGAAGGCAGUGGAAGGCGCACGAGGUGGAGAUGGUGGAGGUGGUAGCUGACCAGGUGGCAGUGGCCCUCUCACACGCUGCAGUGCUCGAGGAGACGCAGCGGCGAAGAGACGAGUUGGAGGAGAAGAAUCGAACGUUGCAGGCAGCGCGGCAGAGAGCAGAGGUGGCAGUGAUGGCGAGGAACGACUUUCUGGCCGUGAUGAACCAUGAGAUGCGCACACCUCUUCACUCCAUCACUGCCCUGGCGUCCAUCCUUAAUGAGGAGGACCUGACCCCGGAGCAAGCGGCCAUGGUGGCAACUGUGCUGCGCAGUGCGUCUCUGCUGACUUCGCUCAUCACUGACGUGCUCGACUUCAGCCGACAGGAGGAGAGCCUGCAUCUGGAGAAGCGUCCCUUUGAUCUGCGAAAGCUGUGCAGAGAAGCCGGGAAGCUGGCGUGGCCGCUGGUGCGGUCCAAGGGGCUGCGCUUCUCCCUGGAGGUGGCGGGGGUGGUGCCGCGAUACGUGGUGGGCGAUGAGAAAAGGCUGCUGCGGUUGAUGCUGCACCUCAUUGGACGGGCUGUGAAGAAGACCGAUGAGGGCUUUGUGUCGGUACGGGUAUCAGUGGAUGAUGGGCAGACCCCCCGCCCCCACUCCUCCCAGUCCUCCUUCACAGCCGGUGAUGGCCCCGCUGCUGCAUCGUUCCUCCCUGCUGCUGCUGCCGCAGCUGCCGCCGCAGGGGAGAAUUCGCUCGGUCUCCAGCCACACACACCGUGGGAGCUGCUGCUGGGCCAAGAUUUGGUGAACAUUCGUGUAGAUAUCAAGGACUCUGGGUGUGGGCUGACAGCCAUGGAAUUUAAGCAGCACGAGGCGCUGCUGCUGCAGCAGCAGAGAGCGAGUGAUGCGGAUGGGGGGAGUGGAGCAGGAGGAGGAGGGAGAGGAGAGGGGCAGGGAAACGGAGUAGAGGGAGCACGGGAAGAGAGGAAGGGAGGAACGUUGCUAGGGUUUGAGAUCUGCCAGAAGUUUGUGCAGCUGAUGGGGGGGUGCAUUUGGAUUGAGAGCGAUGGAGAGGGGUUGGGUGCGACAGUGACGUUUGUAGUGCGGCUGGUGCUGGAUCGAACCAAGCGGCAGAAUGUAGUGUUUAGGGAGAGGGGGGGACGGGUUUCUAGCAGCAGAGCGAGGAGGAGAGGAAGAAGGGCAGGUCUUGAUGGGGUUGGUGGAGGAGAUGAGAGGAGCAAUGGGUUGCUGUGGAACAGUGGAUUUGAUGGUGCUGGUGAUGGUGUGGAUGGGGCUGAGGGCAGGGGAGGGGGGACGAGGAAGGUUGGUGAGGAGUAUUCAUUUAUGGAUGGGGAUGACGAUGAUGAAGACGACGAGGAGGAUGAGGAGGAUGAGGAGGAUGAUGAUGAGGAUUCGGCGUUUAGUGACAGCACUGUUUCGUCAAUGGAUUCUUAUGUACAGGAGCUGGAAGGAGUGCACGUGCUGCUAGUGGAGGACAAUGUGGCAAAUCGCAUCGCGACACAUCAGAUGCUGCUGACGCUGCGGUGCCACGUCAGCAGCGUGGGCAGUGCGCAGGAGUGCCAGAUGGAGCUGACCACACGCAAGAGCCCUGCAGUCCCGCCAGUGGAUGUCGUGCUGCUGGAUGUCUGCAUGCCAGACGUUGACGGCUUUGAAGUCGCCCGCCGCAUUCACUCCCUCUUCCGGCCUGACGAGCGGCCUCUGAUUGUGGGUCUCACUGCACGCACGGACAGCGGCAUGGCGGAGGCAUGUGUAGCAGCUGGCAUGGAUGCUGUAUUGCUCAAGCCAGUCACAGUCAGACAGCUGGCAGCUACUCUGUGUCACGUGCUCAAUGGCGUGUAA